UGGGUGCCAAGGGCCUCACUUUAACACGGUGCGCAUCUCCAGCCAACACCACUGUGUUGGUGUCCUUGGCUCCUCAGACAAACACGUGCAUGCCUCAUGUCCUGGAGCUACUCUGCCCAUGGUGAACUGUUCAAUCCGAAUGGGGCCGUGUUCUCUUGCUCUGUCUCCGACAUUCCAGGUUGGCUGCAAGCUGAGCCUCGUGUUCUUCCAGUAUUGCAUCAUGGCAAACUUCUACUGGCUCCUGGUGGAGGGGCUAUACCUCCACACCUUGCUGGUGGCCAUAUUCUCCCCCAGCCGACGCUUCGCAGCCUAUCUCCUGAUUGGAUGGGGCAUCCCCACCGUCUGCACAGGGGCGUGGACUGCAGCCCGGCUCUCCUUAGAAGACACAGGGUGUUGGGAUACCAACGACCACAGUGUUCCCUGGUGGGUUAUACGGACACCAAUUUUAAUAUCUAUCCUAGUCAAUUUUGUCCUUUUUAUUAGUAUCAUACGAAUUUUACUGCAGAAGUUGACGUCCCCAGAUGUCGGUGGCAACGACCAGUCACAGUAUAAGUGAGUAUGUGUGUGGGUCUGG